ACAUGUAUACAUGUGUGUAACUCAACACUGAAAUGCUUCGUGUAAGAAAAAUACAGCAGCACACAGUGCUGAAACUAAUACAGUGCUUCACUUUACAGAGGAGACAGACCAGCUUACACCAUGCAGUGGGUGCAGUACAGUGGUUGAGCAGAAACAGACCAGCUCCUUUGUUGACGGCUGCUCCUGUUCGUGCCAUCGUAGAUGAACCGAUCAGCAUUAAAGGGCAAUUCCUCCCCCCAUACUCUCCAGUUACACUUUGUGCACGAUUGCAUUGUGAAGAUGGUGACCUGUGGGAGGCAUUUGCCCAUUAUAAUACAAAAGCUGAUGGCACUGUCAACUUGACCAGGGAUCAUUCAGUUGGGGGUUCAUAUUUGGGCUGUGAACCAAUGGGACUCUUCUGGGGACUGCGGCCAUAUGGAGAAAGAGAAGGUCCAAGGACUCAGAGUUGUCAAAAGUCUGAGGUGUACAGUGUACAGAGAAGCUUGUCUCUCACUAUCAGGGGCUGCAAGGUGUUGAACGCACUUGAGAAGUCAAAGAAUAUGAUCCUCACAUAUGAACCAGGCAUACGCAGUUUCCACAGACUGAGGAAGAAAAAUAUAGAAACUUCAUAUGUCGUGCACAUUUCCCUCUGGGAUGGGCAUGUGUCACCCAGUGAGAGACCGAGCACUGAGCUGGCUGCUGUAACUGCUGAGCGCUGGUUCAUGGCACCAGGUGUAAGAAGAAUAGAGAUUCGCCAAAAUGGAAUUGUAGGGACGUUAUUCUUACCUCCUGGUCCUGGUCUAUUUCCAGCCAUGUUGGAUCUUUGGGGAGUAGGUGGAGGACUGCCAGAGUAUCGCUCAGCCCUGUUUGCAUCCAGAGGUUAUGCCAGUUUGUCACUCGCCUACAUGAAGCACAUAGACUUACCUGGCCCAUUCCAUUGCCUCACUGUUGGUGAUUCAUAUUUCAAGUCAGCUUUCCAGCUGCUUCAAGAACAUCAUCAAGUUUGUGCUGACAGAGUUGGGAUCAUCGGUCUGUCGUAUGGAGUCUACCUGACUCUUCGAAUUGCCACUCAGUUUGGUGUCAAACCAUCAUGCUUGAUUUGUGUUAAUGGACCAGCUGUAAAUAUCAUGAAGAGCACGGGUGGAGACAGCAGGACUCAAGACAGCGAUAGUGAUCCACAAUAUUGGACAUAUGACCAUCAAGGCUAUGUCACUUUCAAAGAAGUCUCCAGGCUUCAUAACAUUUGCCCAGGAAGCAGAUUGAAGCUGGAGAACAUCACCUGCCCAUUAAUGUACAUUUUGGGAGAAGAUGAUCUGAACACCUCAAGUGUGGAGAGUGUAAACCUGAUCGAGGAAACCCUGAGAGCUGCAGGUAAAUCUCACCUCUUCACUUGUUUGUCGUAUCCUGGUGCUGGGCACUUGAUUGAACCACCUUACACACCACUUGCAAGAACAUCACUAUGGAGAGUCAAACCAAUAAAAAUGAUGGUAGCAUGGGGAGGUCAUGUCUCACCUCAUGCAGCUGCCCAGGAAGAUGCCUGGAGGAACAUUCAGGAGUUUAUGGAAAAUAAUCUGAGACAGUGAAUCUGGUGAUGGUGAAGACUUGCAAGGUCUUGCUUGUGUUUUGAAAAUGCUGCGUUUACCUCAAAGAGUUUUGCCUCAGGGAAACUGAAAGAUUAACAUCUAAAUGUACAGAAAACUGAAGGGUUUUAUAACUGUGUAGAGUUAAUAAUGUCAUAAUAGGCAAAUAUAUAUAUUCUGUUUGUGGUAAAAGCACUAAAUGUCUGAUAUCCCUGUUUGUUUGUUUUUAAUAAAAUAAAUAUUGUAAUGAACUA